AUGUACAGACCCACUAGUAAGAAUGAGUGGUGGUUUUGUGGGCCUCUUCUAGUGCAAGCGGUACUGGUCAUUAUCUUGGAAAUAUACAUUCUCGUUCAGUGGCAAUCUUGGGUCAAUCCCAAUAUCGUCCAAAUUACGCCUUCAUAUGUGAUUCCUGUGGGUAUGGGCAUUGUGGUUUUUGCAUGCAUUUACGAAGUCGUUCUCUCGCUGGAUGCAAUCCACCACAAAAACAAUAUUUCCUUGCUUGCCAUAUGCCUCACCAACGUCUGCAUUGUCGUGUAUGCGGUCAUGCAGUACAUUAAAAUGCGAGAUAUUACCCAUUCACUGCAGGGGACAGCUGACGGGAUGGGCGAUCCACUCGUGGAUUGGUCUCGGGAUAUCUGGCCAUCAAUGCGACCGGCAGAAGUCGCUAUUCCGGCUAUUCUAACCAUCUGUUCGCUCGUUAUCAUACCUUUUGCCUAUCGGCUACACACGGACUACGCCUGGGCAAUAUAUAAAUGCAUCCACGGCAGUCCAGAGCUCCGGUUGCGGUAUCUAGCCUACGAGAUCUAUUUGGUCCUAAUCAAAUUUGAUUUCUUUUUCCUAACUGGCUUUAUUAUCCAAUAUGAUCUGAUCGAUGUGCAUUUUGCGGAGCCUGAAUAUUCCCUGACAAUGGCGCUCAUUCCCGCUUCGUUACUGGUGAUGGUCGCCGGCAUUUACUGUGUCAAAUGUGGGCUCAAAAUUGCCCUGAUGGUUGUUAUUGCGUGCUACCUCGGGUCAAUUGCGUAUCUGCUUAGUCGGAUCGUCUUGCUUUGCGGAAACUCACAGCGUGCCAAUACUGUAGGCAAGGAGAUGAUGUUGUUCUUCGCCGCUGUCGCGCUGGUUCUUAUUGUACUAACUGUGGGGUGUGCGGUGCAAUGUAUCUUGAAUCUCAACUACGGGUUGAAAGUCACUCGCCCUGAUAAUAGUCAGUGGCCACAGAGUUCCUAUGCUUUCCAUAGACUUGCUGCGCCUAUGAGCCCUUCUAUUGAUACCCGAUAUCAUCGUCGUAUGUCACUUGAUUAG